AUGGCUGUGUUACGAAAAAUGAUCCUUUAUCUUACAUCGUAUUUCAUGCGAAUAGUGGAUUGGAUCAACAUCGGUACAUCAAGAAAGUGUCGUGCAAUUUCGCGAGAGGGGGUAAAAGUCGAGCACAUACGUAUCCCUUCGCGAGACAAUGGUCGGUACAUUCGAGCCAUCCGGUAUACACCUAUAGGUGAGACAGCUCCUUUGCCAGUGCACUUGAAUUGGCAUGCAUCUGGAUGGAUGCUGAAACGCCUUGGACUCGACCGUCACAUGUGCGUCAAGCUCGCUCGCGAGUUGCGGUGCAUUGUUCUUGAUUGUGACUACCGCAAAGGCCCUGAAAACCAGUACCCUGCUGCGCACAAUGAUACUGAAGAUGCGGUAUUUUACGUGCAUGCAAACCCCAAGCAAUUUGAUGUGAACCGUGUGACGGUAGGUGGUUCCAGCGCUGGAGCGUGCAUGGCUCUUUCUCUGAGUGCACGUCUUGGCGAGCAGCGCGUGAAGGGAUGCUUCGCCAUGUACCCUGUCACUCGGCUACUCCCAGUCGAACGUAUUAACUCGAGUCAGCAUGCGAUCUCAACUACAUUCCGCAGCGGUAUCGUGAUCUCGGACUGGGCUAUGAAAGUUUUCACUCUCGCAUACUUUACACCUAAAGCGAACAUGGAUGACCCGCGUAUUUCGCCGCUGCUGGACGAGCCUUCACGCUUCCCAAAGCAUGUGCUCCUUGUGUGCGGUGAAGCCGAUACACUGUAUAAGGGUUGCCGCGACUUUAUGGUCAAGAUUACUGGUUCUGAAGAUGGCACAAAUGAAUCCAUGACACGCACAUUUAUCAGCAUCCCGAACGAAGCGCAUGAAUUCAACAAUUUUGCGUCCGUGCGCGAGUCGGUGGAGUGGCGUGACAAAGUGGAGGACUCGGCCAUCCAGAUGAUCCGCGCUGCGUGGAAUGCGGCCGCUUGA